AUGGCCUUGAAAUCAUUUCUCUUCGUUUCCCUCUUCGUUGCUGUAGCGUUAGCCCCUAUGGCUGAAGCCCAACUUGGGAUCAUAGGCGGCCUCCUCAAUUUGAUUCAUAUUCAAGGGACUGUCUAUUGCCCUGCCAAUGGCAAUAUUGGUGUCAAUGGCACAGCAACCCCAGUUUUCCAAAAUGCUGGGGUGCAAUUGAAAUGUGGAGGAAAUGUUGUUUCGACUGCAAAAACCAAUGGGGCGGGAAUAUUUUCCAUAGUGUUGGACCCUCUUCAAUAUUUGCUCUCUACACUAGUAGCCAACUGCAGCCUAGAGGUUAACACGCCUUUAGAAAGCUGUGGCGCGAAGCUUCCGGAAGUUGGGACGUUGCUGUCACCUUUACUGUCCAUUGGAAACACUCUUCUUGGCUUCCUCAACAUCGCAAACCUCGUUCCAGCAGGCUUCCAAUCUGUCCCCUGAACUUGAGGAUGAUCCUAAUCAACAUUUUAAUCACCACUUCUGCUUUAUAUGAGUAAGGUCGUUAUGCGAUCAA